AAUAAAAAGAGACGUACUUCCUUUUUGUUGCCACAAGUCUGGAUGAGAAGCCAGAUCUCUUCAUCUUGAUGGGUUGUGGCCGCCUGGGUCUCAGCGCUAUGGGCAGCAAUUACCUGCUCCUCUUCUCAGGUCUCAGCAUCCUGCUGGCUCUGUCAGGAGGAGGUACCCUCCGAUCUCAGGGCCUAUGCUCCCUGCUUUGUUGUGGCACAUGCCCUGUGUGCCACUUGAAGAGAGAGAAGGGGAGUUGGACUGAGCAGUUUCUAUUAACCAUCGCAGUUUCUGUCUCCAGCUGUGAGAGAUCAUUCAACGCUCCAAUUACUUAUUUAGAAGUGUGCGGAGUCGUGGGUCAGCCUGUCACCCUACCCUGCACGUAUUCAGGAACGCUCACGACCAUGUGUUGGGGCCGAGGGACUUGUCCUCUUCUUGGGUGCCUAGAGGCAAUGGUCUGGACUAAUGGAUCCCAUGUCACCUUUCAGAAGGACUACCGUUAUACGCUAAACGGAUCCCUUUCGGCAAGGGAUGUGUCUUUGACUAUAGAGAAUGCAGUCAAGGCAGACAGUGGCCUGUACUGUUGUCGUAUUCAGCGCGGGGGUCGGCUUAAGGAUCAGAAACACAUCAUAUCAUUGGAGAUUAAAAGAGAGCACAAAGGUAUGACGACCCAGCCACCGGUGGAUGUUUGUAUGAGUGAGGAUACAGCCCAGACUUGGACAGAGUUGAAAAAUACAUGGAACAAUGGAACCAAAAAGGACAUUGCAAAAGUGGCUACCCAACUACUUCAGGAGGCAGAAUUAAGUAUAUGGAAUCAGAAUUUUGUUUCUCCAGGAAAGUAUGAGAAUCCUGUGCUUGAUAUAGUCUAUGAAACUAAGACGUGUGAUGAGACAAGCAAGAAAACAAUUUUGGAAGCUGGAAAUAACACAAUGGUUAUUGACUGUGCCCAUGCGUUCACAGAAACCACAAGAGAUCAGAGUGCUGUUGCAUUGAUCACCUAUCGUGCUCUUGGGGAUAUUCUCAAUGAAACCUAUUUUAGUGACAGAAAAGGACUGCAAGAAGUGAAACUGAACUCUCUUGUCGUGAGUGGCACCAUUGGCUCAAAGGAAAAAAUUGCCCUGUCCAAACCUGUCCUCCUGACCUUUAAACAUACUCAGCCUGUUGGUGAAAGAACAAAACAAUUCUGUGUCUACUGGGAAGGAUCGAAGGAGGGGGGCAGCUGGUCAAGGGAAGGCUGCUCUCGUAUCGGAAGCAACGACUCUCACACCAUAUGCCAGUGCUUCCAUCUGUCCAGCUUUGCUGUCCUCAUGGCUCUUAUGCCCAAGGCAGAUCCGGCGCUGACUCUGAUUACCUAUGUGGGGCUGAGCCUCUCUCUGCUGUGCCUCUUCCUGGCAGCCCUCACCUUCCUCCUGUGCCGUCCCAUCCAGAACACCAGCACCUCACUCCACCUGCAGCUCUCGCUCUGCCUCUUCUUGGCCCACCUACUCUUCCUCGUGGGGAUUGAUAAAACUGAGUCUGAGGUGCUGUGCUCCAUUAUCGCUGGGGUCCUGCACUACCUCUACCUUGCCGCCUUCACCUGGAUGUUCCUGGAAGGCCUGUACCUCUUCCUCACCGUCAGUAACCUCAAGGUGGCCAACUACUCCAGCGCAGACAGAUUCAAGAAGAAGUUUACGUACCCUUUUGGCUAUGGGAUCCCAGCUGUGAUCGUGGCUGUGUCUGCAGGUGUUGGACACAAAAAUUAUGGAACAAAUACUCAUUGCUGGCUGAAGCUUGAUAAAGGCUUUAUCUGGAGCUUCUUGGGACCAGUGGCCAUCAUUAUCUUGAUAAACUUGGUGUUCUACUUCCUAAUUCUGUGGAUUUUGAAAAGCAAACUUUCUUCCCUCAAUAAGGAGGUUUCCACCAUUCAGGAUACCAGAGUCAUGACAUUUAAAGCCAUUGCUCAGCUAUUUAUCCUGGGCUGUUCUUGGGGCCUUGGUUUUUUUAUGGUUGAAGCAGUAGGGAAGACGGCUGGAUUAGUCAUUGCCUACAUAUUCACCAUCAUCAAUGUCCUGCAGGGAGUUUUGCUCUUCACGGUGUACUGUGUCCUUAGUCGCCAGGUUCGAAGGGAAUACAAGAAAUGGUUUACUGCAAAGUGGAAAGGAGUUGAAGUGGAAAGCACUGAGAUGUCUCGGUCUACUACCCACACCAAAAUGGAGACUCCGGAGAAGCCAUCAGAGUUUGUACAGAAAAAAGACACCAAAGACACUGUGUCCACCCAACCAGAGCCGCCAGCUGACCUUGCUGCUGUUUCCUGGCUAAAGACAAAGGAAUGAUCUGCUGAUCGAUGGAGCCCCUUGUGGUCACAUGUGGACUGGACACGUGCCACCGUGUAUAUCUCUUCCCUGUGAUGUGUUGACUCCUUCCCUUAUUUUGGUCUCUAUUGGUCUCUAGCUCCCUAGAAAGAAUGGGACACAUGGAGAAUUCUUAAAACCAGCAUCCUGUAGCAGAUCAUGAGCCAUUACCUGCUCAAGGGAUGGUUUUGUUUUUGUUGAUGUUUUGUUUCUGGUAUCUCAUUUUUUUAUUCUUGUUCAAAAUAUAAACAGUAAAACAAAACAUGCCAAUUCAACAAUUUCUACAAGCACAAUUCAGUGAUAUUGGUUACAUUCUUCAACUGUAAAACCGUUGUCACCCCCCUCUACCAAAUUGUUCCUCCUCAAUUAACAUAAACUCACUGCCACCUCAGCUUCCUACCUGACCUUCCAGUUGCUGUGGCCAAUUUGAUCCCAUAGACAUAAUUCUUUCAAAGAGCACAAUGUUCGAGGCAGACAUUAUUUACUAAAUAAGCUAAGUUAGUUGUUGUUUGGUUUACAGACUACUUCAGGAGAUAUUUUUGGUUUAGUGUUUAAAGAAUUAUUUCAGGGAAACGAUUUCAGGGGUUUGUCCAGCCUCAAUGGCUCCAGAAUGUCUGGAUUCCAUAAGAAUUUGAAAUUGUUCUGCAUUUUACCACUUUGAUCAGGAUUCUUCUAUAAAAUCUUUGAUCAAAAUGUUCGAUUACAGUAGCCGAGCACCAUCCACUUUCUUCUGGUCUCAUGGCAAAGGAGGUAGUUGUUGAUGGAGGCAAUUAGUCACACAUGCCAUUUCUUCCAUCUCUUCCUGACUCUUCUUUCUCAGCUGCUUCAGGUGAAUAGAGACCAAUAGUUGUGCCUUGGAUGGCUUGCAAGCUUUUAAGACCCCAGGCACUAUGCAAGGAGCCAGGAGGUAGAACAGAAGCACUAAAAACGACGUUAGGUCAAUUACCCAGGAUGUCUCAAGGGGUGCUUUUUAAUAAUGUGGGAAAUGGGGUUGAGUUUCUGACCCCUUGGCUAACACCUGGAUUUAGUUCACAGCACCCUCUCUUGCCUCCCCCUCUCCCCAUUCCUCUCCCUGACUUGUAUGGUGUUGCAUUUUAUGCCCCCAAAGACCUUUCAUAACUCAACGUUUGCCUAACUCAGUAUUCUCCAUAUGGACAAAUAUUAAAAGGGACGGUUGUAUUCUCGGAACACGAAAAUACACCAUCACUCACGCUUAGGGACACAUCGUGGAUGGGAGGGUGCUUGUAGCCAGGCGACCAGCACUGUUCCCUUUUUUUUUGCCUGAUGACAUGUUCAAACCUAAAUGUAAGCCUAGGUUAAAGAUAGUUUUCUUUUCUUGAGUAUUUCCAGCAAAAAUGCUCCAAACAACGUGGCGUAUCACAGUGGUGGUUUGGCCUUAUUUGUUUUAUCACUUUCAAUUUCUUGUCCAAAGUUACUGAUUUUUCGGUGUGUUUCUCAGCACUGCAGUUAACAAAUGCAUGAUGACUUGGUUAUCAAAAGGUUUUUUAAAAAUAUUUAAAAUUCUAAUAAUAGUAAAUGUUAAAACUGAAGUCGCUGGAUGGUGCAAAUGGUGAAGAGGCUCAGUUACUAACCAAAAGGUUGGAGGCUCCAGUCCACCCAGAGGAGCCUUGGAAGAAAGGCCUGGCAAUCUUCUUCUGAAAAUUCAGCCUAUAGAGGACAGUUCUGCUCUGACACACAUGGGGUCGCCAUGAGUCAGAAUCGACGCAGUAGCAACUGGACUGGGAAUCUAAUAUCAGGGAAUAAGCAGAGAAGACUUCCUCAAAGAAACAGAAUAGGAUACCAUAGAAGAUACAGAUCUUGGGGUCAGCAUAUUGGAAUAUCCAGUCCCACAGCUACAGAACUUAUGCUGUGUGACUUUGAGCUAGUGGCUUCACAUCUCUGAGCUUCAGUUUCCUGAUCUACUAAAUAAAGCUAAUAACUCAAUGGGCGAUCUCCAUUUGCCUUCAGGAGCCACACUUCCCCCUUCUCCACCCUGAACUGUGCCCCAGAAAGCUGGUCUGGAUGCACCAGAACCCCAGAAGGGGUUUGAAUGGGCAUGGUCAAUGGAGUGCACUGGCAAGAGAUUGAAAGGAGGAAGGAAAGUGAAGUGGGGAUAUUUCUUUCCCCAGCUCCCUCCUCAUGAGCCCGUGGGUUGGUUGUUUUUCUCCACCCAAAGUCUCCUACAGUUUUCUCCAGGUCUUUGGUAACCUCGGAAACCCUGGUGGCAUAGUGGUUAAGUGCUAUAGCUGUGAACCAAAGGGUCGGCAGUUUGAAUCUGCCAGGCGCUCCUUGGGAACGCUAUGGGGCGGUUCUACUCUGUCCUAUAGGGUGGCUAUGAGUCAGAAUCAAAUCGACGGCACUGGGUUUGUUUUCUUUGGUUUUGGUAACCUCCGUCUCCCUUUACCUCUCACAGGCCUGGAGGUUGUUAUCAGCUCUCCACAUUACUACCCCUCGGGUGCUCCAUUAUCCCUUGUUAUUUUGCCCUAAACUUGCCUUCACCUUUGUAAUAAAUCCUUCAAGAAACUCACCUCAUUCCUCCAUUGGCGUAUGCCUCUGUUUCCUGGCAGGACUCUGAUACAAUAACUGUAACUACCCCGUAGAGACAUAGCUCUGGUGGCACGACGGUUAAGCACUCAGCUGGAAACUGAAAGGUCACUGAUUGGAACACCCCCUCCGCCAAUGAUUCCAGGGGAGAAAGACCUGACAAUCUGCUCCUGUGAAGAUCAAAGUCUGGAAAAUCCAAGGGGGCACUUCUACUGUGUCACACAGGGUCACUAUGAGUUGGAACCCACUCGACGGCACACAACAACAACACCACACAGAGUUAAUUAUGCAGAUUCAGUGAUAGGAUGCAUGUGAGUGAUUGGCCUGGUCCCCGGCACAUAAUAAACACUCAGAACUCUCAUCUGUUGGUUUGUUUCUGUGAUGGCUGACAUGUUGCUGUGACGCUGGAAGCUAUGCCACCGGUAUUUCCAAUACCAGCAGGGUCACCUUAGAUGGACAGGUUUCAGCAGAGCUUCCAGACUAAGGCAGACUAGGAAAAAAUGCCUGGCGACCUCCUUCCAAAAAUCAGCCAGUGAAAACUCUAUGAAUCACAACAGAAUGUUGUCCAGUAUGGAUCACAACAGAACGAUGUCCAAUAUAGUGCCAGAAAACAAGGCCCCCAGGUUGGAAGGUCGCAACAAUAGACUCAAACAAACCAAUGAUCAUGGAGAUGGCUCAGGAUCAGGCAAUGUUGUGUUCUGUUUUACUGGCAACAACAAAUAUAAAUAUAAAACCAUUCCCAUCGACUCAGCCCGGCUCCUGAUGACCCCAUGUCUUACAGAGUAGAGCUGUUCCAUAAAGUUUUCUUGACUGUAAACUCCACAGAAACAGAUCGUUAGGGUUUCUUCUGUGAUGUCACUGAGUGUGUUCCAACUCUUCCAAACUUUAGGUUGGCAGCUGAGCACAGACUGAGAAAUAAGAAAGCCCAAUAUUAGUAUGUUUGUUUGCUACGGGCAGGGUUAGGGUCAGGGUGGUCAGGGUCAGGGUAAGUGUUAGUGUGAGGGUUACGGUUGGGGUUAGUGUUAAGGUUAUGGUUAAAAAACUGGUUCCUUGGUAAUCUCUCAACGGCAGAGAGUCGAUGAAAAGGGGAAGGAAAACAACGUCCCCCUGAACAGACCAAGUCAUAAAAGUCAGAAAUCUGGAACUGAAAUAGCCAUAUUUCCCUUUUAUUGGUUACCCUUCCCCCAUCGGCUUUCCCAGGGAGCUGCACGUGUUAAGAUUCAUUAUUUCACUCUCCAGGUUUGAUGUGGUUUACCCUUUAAAUUUUUUUUCCCAAAGAAGUACUGACUUCACGGUUGCACGCUCGGCUCCUCAACGUAAGCAACGUUCUACCUACCUGGUCCUAACCUGGCUCCAUGUGACAUUAAGUGACAGAACAUUCCAUGAGGGGGUGAUGAACUGCUGCUGGUGACCACAGCUUUUUGUGUUCUUGCCACUGUGUUUUAUUAGAUCUUGUGCUGAACUAUGGAACUUACACCCACAAAUAGUGGCUCUUUUGAAACCCCCGAGACUCCUUGAGAAAUAGGAAAUGUGAGGCUCUGUAGUUCCUCCUCUGUUAUCAGUGAGAAUUUGGGGGAGCUACGGCUAAGACCACGGCUGCUUUCCUAUGUAGUGAGCAUUAAACAUCUUCCUUUCUUUGGUUACAGAAAAAUCAGAGUCUAACUUGAUUCAACUGGAGGUGGUGCUGGGCUGGCAUGAGGGUCAUCUCCCCAAAGUGGCCCAUAUGAGUUUCUAAGGGGACGUUCAAAUGGGCAU